AUGCAUGUCUACGCAAUUGUAGCGUCUGUGUGCUACAACUCAUCCAAUACCACGGAUUUCGACCAAGGGUCCAUCGGCUGGUAUCUUCUCCCGCCGUUAUUGAUCUCGCCUACCGAAAACGUCUUCACCGCCAUUGGCUGUGCUGCACUGGCGUUGCUGGAAGGUGGUUCCGAUUGGAACUACUUCACUGGCUGCAUCAGCUACUGCGCAAGCUUGAACGAUUCGGCUCAAGACGGAGAUCGUUGUACGGGGCAUGGCUGCUGCCAGACCUCAAUCCUGGGCAACCUUAGCACCAUAGAGGUUGGUUGGUCAACGACCGAUAACAACACCGCUGGCAAUAGUUUUGCGUGGGAGUACAGCCCCUGUAAACAUGCCUUCGUGGCGCAGAAAGAUUGGUACAAAUUCAGCCGGCAAGACCUCAGUGGUAAGGGAAAGGACAGCUUCAGCAGUCGAGUCGGAGAAAGAAGUGCCCCGUUGGUUCUUGAUUGGGCCAUCAGGGGUAAUGGAUCUUGCAAGAUGGAGCUGGACACCAGUGGGGUGUCACUGUCAGAUAUCAAUGAGUGUACUGAAGUUAGACAACAAUCAAACAGUACAAGGUAUGGCCCUUGUGGCCCCAAUAGCACAUGCAAGGAUACAGACGCAAUAGCUGUUGCCAUCAUUCUAGCAUGCUUUGCGGGUUUUCUGCUUCAGAAAAGAAAACGCAGGAAACUUUCUGACAAAAAUGGUCGUAGAAUACUGGAGGGUCAUGGCGUAACCAUGUACUCUGAAAGGGAACUGAACAAAAUCACAAACGAGCGCAAAUUAUUUCUUGGAGAAGGGAAGUAUGGCAAAGUGUAUGAGGGUAGAAUCGACGGCAAACCAUCGCAACUGGUUGCAGUUAAAUACUCCGUGGUGCAGCGCAACUGGCUAAAGGCCAUCCAACAAUUGGCGCAGCAGGAGCAGGAUGAUGAUGGUGCAUUUGUCAACGAGAUCAAGUUCCAGUUUAGGAUCAGGCAUAUAAAUGUGGUCAAACUGAUUGGGUGCUGUUUAGAGACAAAAAUUCCCAUAUUGGUCUACGAGUUGGUCUCCAAUGGAAGCUUAGAAAAAAGGCUCCAUGAUGGUGACAAGCGGUUUACUCUUUCACUGCUGAAGCGCCUAGACAUUGCUAUUGGUUCCGCCGAAGCUCUCUCCCACAUCCACUCCCAUGGUGAUCACGUCCAUGGCGAUGUCAAGCCCGCCAACAUCCUCCUUGAUGAUGACCUCAAUCCGAAGGUGUCUGACUUUGGUUCGUCCAAGCUCCUGUCAGUCAACAGGUAUGCUAUGGCCGUGGCUGGUGAUACGAGAUACAUAGACCCAGUAUAUAUGAAGACACGCCGUUUCACAGUGAAGAGCGAUGUUUACAGCUUCGGUGUGGUGCUUCUGGAGCUCAUUACGGGGAAAACAGCCCUGUAUGAUGGGAAUACAAGUCUGCCCUUGGCCUUCGGCAAGUGCUUCAAGGACGAGGGUAGCGGAAGGAAGAUGUAUGAUAUAGAAGUUUUCUCAGGUGAUGGUGCUCAGUUUCAACGUAACAUGCAGUGCCUCGACAUGAUCGGUACGCUGGCUGUUAGAUGUCUCGAGCAAGACUAGACGUACGAGAGACCAACCAUGGCAGAGGUUGUUGAGGAGCUUAAGCAGGUGAAGGCAAUGGCCUGCGAAGGCUCAUCAUCCUCUGAGGCGAGUUGAAGGGUUGGCAUCCAGAAGACUGGAAGAGAUGCUUGAAUUAUGGUCAGCACUUGAGCCUAGCAAAUGUUAUAAGCUUUAUCAUGUAUCCAUAUCCACGUCCAACAUUAUACUCCGUACCCGUCCAGUUACAAUUUACCACUCCGUGUGAGUUAUAUAUGCACAAUGCAUGCGUACUUAGUGAAUAACUUCGUGUGCAUUUGUUCUAGUGAAACUUUUUAUUAAGCUGCGUGGAAUUGUAUAUUUGUCUCACAAUAACAUGUAUGUCAGGGAGUGAUCUAUAUUUGUUC